CACUCCGCCCCGAAGGAACUGCGAAGCGUUGAGUCGCAUGUUCCGACAGUUCUCCUGGCAUCGUCAGCGUAUGCCCCACCAUGGAGGUGGGGUAGCUCCGGCUGCUCACAUCAUGCGGAAUCUCACGAAACUCCACCACCCCAUUUCUGAACUCUCGUCUUAUAUAUUCGUACUUCCAGGCUCCCAAUCACUCUAUCUUUAUCCGUACUUGCAAGAGAACCUCCAACAUGUCUGAGCAAGCCACUGAAGUAGCAUACCUAUCCAUAGUUCCCGGCACCGACCUCUCCACCGGCGAUAACAAGGACAUAUGGGAGGCUACGUUAGGUACAAUCACCUCCCAACCAGGCUGCAAGUCUUUAUUUUGGGGUCGGCAGGUAGAGCACCCGGAUGUGGUUCAACUGGUGAUUGACUGGGAAAGUUUCGAGUCUCACAAACAGUUCAUGGCCUCCACCGACUACAAACCGUUCCUCGAGCGCGUAAAGCCGCUACUCACCGGUCCGCCCAAGCUCUUCCACGUCAAGCUUCCCCCUCAGAUGCCCUUCUCGCAACCCGGCUCCGCGCCUGCAACAGAGUGCCUCUCUAUAUACUUCGAGCCGGACCACUCCACCUCGGAGUACGACGACAACUUUGCGAAGUUCAUUGAGGCGGUGGGCAAGGUUCCGAACGAGACACAGGGUCUGACCGGAGGCUGGGGCAUCGAGGAGCAGAAGCACGAGAAGCUCGGCAAGGAGGGAGAAGAAGGCCCAGCGAAAUUAUUCGGCGCGUUUAUUGGCUGGCCGAGCGUCGAGAGCCACAUGAAGUUUCGGGAGCAUGAGAAGUUCCCCGAGGUUGUCAAAUACCUGAGGGAUGGGGCAAAGGCGAUCGCCGUGCACCAUGUGCAUUUCCGGAAGUUCUAGACGGUGCCGUCAAACAGCACAUCAAGCGAUGCCUACGGAUACACUACGAAAGGCAAUACUUGGUGCCCCUUCGCGAAGAAAAGAGAAGCCAAGUACAAAGGAUAGACUUGUUCCCAAUCCAUCCAGAAAC